ACGCUCUGGUUGAUACCCUCAACCAACAAUUAAUAAUAAAACUGGAGUUAAUCUAAUUUCAAAAAAUAAAUAAAAAAUAAAAAUAUUUAAUGAAGAAAAUACUAAAUAUAAACUUAAUAUUAAAAAAAUUAAUACUAAUAAGAAUAAAUUUGAAUAAAUUCUAUAUUUAUAUAAUUUUCUUCUAGCUAAAAUUAUUAAAGUACAAACUCAAAAUCUUAGUAAAAUUAAACUAUAAGAUCAAAAGUCAAUACCUAAAAUAUUUGAAAUAGAAAAAUAAUUUAAACCUCUACCAUAAUUAAAAAAAAAUAAAAAUGUAAAAAAAAAAUAUUAAUCAUUGAAUUAAUCAAAAAUUUUUUUUAAAACAUAAAGGAAUCAAAAAAAUUAAUCUAAAUAAAAAUCUUAUCAUAAAGAAGAAAAAGUUAAAAUAUAAUCAUUACCAUAAACACGAACUAUUAUAAUUAAAAUUGCUAAGCCUAAAGAACCUUCACAAACUCUUAUUGUUAAAAAAAUUAUAGAAAAAAAAUAUUCAUAAUUUAAAUUUCUUAAAUAAAAAAAAAUUGAAUAUAUAAAGCAAUUACAAUAAACUCUAAACUUAAUAAUAUUAAUAAUAAAUGCUUACGAUUUAAAAUAAAACUAAUAAUUCCAGAUAAAAAUAUUAUUAAUAAUAAAAAAUAUAUUAUCAUUAAAGUUUUAAUAAUUUAAAUAAAAUAUUGGUCUUGUAAAUCAAAAAUAAGAUAAAUCUUUUAAAACUUCAGAUAUAUAAAAAUUAUUUCAUUAAUCUCCAAAAUUAAUAUUUUAUAUAAACUAAUAUCUGAUAUUUCAACUUUAAUUACUAUAAUAAUUAUAUGUUCAAUUAUAUUUAUAUUAUUAAAUCACCCUUUAACUUGUGGCUUAAUAUUAUUAAUACAAACAAUUUUCACAUCAGUUAUUACAGGAUUAAUAAAUUAUAAUUACUGAUUUUCUUAUAUUUUAUUUUUAAUUAUAGUAGGAGGAAUAUUAAUUCUUUUUAUUUAUAUGACCAGAAUUGCUUCAAAUGAAAAAUUUAAAUUUAAUUUUAAUAUAACUUUAAUAAUAAUUAGAAUUUUUAUUAUUAUUUCUAUAUUAAGAUUUUGUUGAGAUUAUUUUUAUUUUAAUUCUUUUAUAAAAAUUAUAGAAAUAAAUAAUCAAUUUAAUAUUAUUAAUAAUAAAUUAUCUCUAAUUAAAUAUUUUAACUUUCCAAAUAAUUUAAUUAUAAUAAUAAUAAUUAUUUAUUUAUUUAUUACUUUAAUUGCAGUAGUAAAAAUUACAAAAUUUUUAUAUGGCCCAUUACGACAAAAAUUUUAAUGAAAAUACCUUUACGAAAAAUUAAUCCUCUAUUAAAAAUUAUUAAUAAUUCAUUAAUUAUUUUACCAACUCCCUCUAAUAUUUCUUCAAUAUGAAAUUUUGGAUCAAUAUUAGGACUAUGUUUAGGAAUUCAAAUUAUUACAGGCCUAUUUUUAGCCAUACAUUACUGCCCAAAUGUAGAAUUAGCAUUUAAUAGAGUUACCCAUAUUUGUCGAGAUGUAAAUUAUGGUUGAUUACUACGAACAUUACAUGCAAAUGGAGCAUCAUUUUUUUUUAUUUGUUUAUAUAUUCACAUUGGUCGAGGGAUAUAUUAUAGAUCUUAUAAUAUAAUUGAAACUUGAAUAAUUGGAGUAACAAUUUUUUUUCUUACAAUAGCAACAGCAUUUCUAGGAUAUGUAUUACCAUGAGGUCAAAUAUCAUUUUGAGGAGCAACAGUAAUUACUAACUUAAUAUCAGCUAUUCCCUAUUUAGGAAAUAUACUAGUCCAAUGAAUUUGAGGGGGAUUUGCAGUAGAUAAUGCAACUCUAACUCGAUUCUUUACAUUUCAUUUUAUCUUACCUUUUAUUAUUUUUGCAUUUAUAAUUAUUCAUCUUUUAUUUUUACAUCAAACAGGAUCAAGAAAUCCUUUAGGGACAAAAAGAAAUAUUGAUAAAAUUCCAUUUCAUCCUUAUUUUACUUUCAAAGAUUUACUUGGAUUUUUAAUUUUAUUAUUAUUAUUAACAACAUUAACUUUAAAAGACCCAUAUUUAUUAGGAGACCCUGAUAAUUUUACUCCUGCAAAUCCUCUUGUUACACCUGUUCAUAUUCAACCAGAAUGAUAUUUUUUAUUUGCAUAUGCAAUUUUACGCUCAAUCCCAAAUAAAUUAGGUGGAGUAAUUGCAUUAGUAAUAUCAAUUGCUAUUUUAUAUAUUUUACCUUUUAUUAAUAAAAAAAAAAAAUUUAAGAACUCAAUUUUAUCCAAUCAAUAAAAUAUUAUUUUGAAGAUUAUUGUCUAUUGUAAUUUUAUUAACAUGAAUCGGAGCACGACCAGUUGAAGAUCCAUAUAUUUUAACUGGACAAAUUUUAACUAUUGUAUAUUUUUUAUAUUAUUUAAUAAACCCAUUAAUAAGAAAAUGAUGAGAUUCAAUUAUUUUUAAUUA